AUGCCGACAUCUCAAGGGCUACCUGCCGCCCACCCAAUUCCCAGUUCUUCUCUUGACAAUCUGACGAUGGACAUGAAGAACCUAGUCAAAAAGAUUCAAGAUCUCAGUCAUCUGGGAAUUGAGGACAGCAAGAUCAUGCUUCCCAAGAUAUGUGUUGUCGGUGAUCAGAGCACCGGUAAAAGCUCCCUCAUAGAGGGGAUUUCCGAGAUCAACCUUUCCGAAAGCGCUAACAACUGGAAAUGCGUGAUCCACCUAUCACGCCGCUACAUCUUCGAUCCAUCGAAGCGGAUGAAAAUGCCGAAGAAGUCAGAGCCACUAGGGCCAUGGAUUGCCCUUGGUGGUCAAGUUGAUGAUCAUUUUAUCACCUUGUAUGAUAAACAGGAAGUCGAAAGGGCUAUCAGGUGCGCCCAGCUAGCAAUUUUGAACCCUAGCACAGAUUCGCAUGAUUUUGUUCCCGAAUCCACCGACAUAGCACAGGCACCUCAGGUUAAGUUUUCUCCGAAUGCCGUCCGCUUGGACAUCUUCGGCUCGGGUCUUCCCAAUCUCUCGUUUUAUGAUCUGCCUGGAGUGAUUAGCCAGAUCGAACAGGAUAAUGAACGAUACCUCGUAAACCUAGUCGAGAACCUGGUGAAAAAUUAUGUUUUUCAAGAGCAUUGUGUUGUCCUCCUCACACUGCCAAUGACAGGCGAUGCGACAAACUCCAGUGCUGCUCGUCUCGUCCGGGAUAUCAAGGGCGCAAAAGAACGUACCCUUGGAGUCCUGACUAAGCCAGAUCUGCGGCCCUCUGUUGAAGCAUUUGAUCAGUGGCAUGAGAUUUUGGAUGGCAGCAAGUUCAAGCUCGGUCACGGUUAUUAUGUCAUUAGGAACAACAAUGACCCCCUUGUCAGUCAUGCCCAGGCUAGGAUGGAAGAAGAGAUGUUCUUCGGUUCCUCUCUGUGGACAGGAGAUCUCGCCGUAUUCAAGGAACGUUUUGGUACUCGACAGCUUCAAACAGCGCUGUCUGACCUUUUGAUGCGUCAGAUCUUAAGAUCUUUGCCAUCGAUCAUAGCCCAGAUUGAUGAAAAGUCGAAAUAUAUUGACGAUGAACUCCAAACUUUGCCCAAUCCUCCUACUGAGGAUGUUCAGCGGAUUCCUUGUGGCAAGACCUCGGACCCUGAACGGAAGAUUCAUGAACUGUUUGAUGGGACCCCCAGUAUUGAGCACGGUUCCUCUCAAAGAAGGCCACUACAAGAGCAGUGGAACAAAAUUGGUAUGGAUCUCCAGACCGCACUCGCAAAGACGCGGCCUAUCUAA